AUGGAUGGAAAGUCGGACGUUGAGGUUCACAAGUACCACGUCCGACAAGUUCUUACAAUCAUGCGAAAGCAUCAAUUGUAUGCAAACCUCAAGAAGUGUAUAUUUGCAGCAAGCGAAAUACCACUUCUUGGGUGCAUCGUUGGUAAGAACGGUGUACGUCCUGAUCCCGAAAAGAUCAAGGCGAUCACCGACUGGCCCGUGCCGGUCGAUGUCAAAGGUCUUCGAAAAUUCCUUGGGCUAGCGGCGUAUUUGCAUAAGUAUUCACGCAAUUACGCCGAGAUGACUGUACACCUCUCGUUUGUUGAAAAAGAACGAGAGGUGGUUAUGGAACGCUGA